GAAUCCCCCAAUCUUCUUUCUCAUUCGGGAAAUACCCGUAUACAUACACAUUUUUUUUCCUUGCUACUCAGCAAACGGACAAAAAAGCAUUAACUGUCCCGAAGAUGAAGGACGAAGAACAAACAAUCAGCGAAAACAAAAGGAAAAGAAAACGACAGUUGAUGCGUCGUACGUCCUACGCCUCCCCAUUAAAUUUUCGUAUACGUACACUUGACAAAGCAGUAAAUGAUGCUACUACUCAGCAGCAGCUGGUGCUCCACCGCCAGCUCCACCACGUCCACCUCGUGCUCUCUUUCCACCACGUGUAGCGCCC